GCGGCUUCCAAUUGAUAGAUGAUUGGUCACCGUGGAAUGCAGCGAUGCGGCCGCCAGUGCUGGUGCUGCUGGUCAUGGCAUGGACCUGGACCCGCUUCAACUAUGGAUUCAGCAGCGUAGCCCAGCCUCGCCAUUGGGCCUGGCAGUGGUGGGAGUCGCUGGGUAGCCCCAAAUGGGUUUGCAGCCCCAUGAUCGACCAAUCCGAGCGCGCCUUUCGCUUGUUGUGUCGCAGGUAUGGUGUCCACUUGGCCUACACGCCCAUGCUCCAUGCUGAGCCUUUCGCAGUGGAUGAAGGCUAUCGGAAGACCUACUUUGAUGCGUGGACCCCAGUGGAUGGCGAAAAUGGCAAGGACGACCGGCCACUCAUUGCACAAUUGGGUGGCGACGAUCCAAAGACCAUGUUGCAGGCGGCACAUCACUUGGAGCCUUAUGUGGAUGGCAUCGAUGUGAAUUUCGGGUGUCCUACAGAGGAUGCGCGCAAAGGGGGUCAUCAGACCCAUUCGCCUCGCUGCCGCCGGUAUGGAGCCUACCUUCUGCGGGACACAGCACGGGUCACGCGUAUCGUUGGAACAUUGGCCUCGGGCUUGAGAAAAGUGCCAGUGACAGCGAAAAUCCGCUUGCUGCCCCAGCGUCGGGCCAGCAUCGAUUUAGCCCUGGCCAUCGAGGAGAGCGGUGCUGCUGCACUGUGUGUGCACGGCCGGACCUUGGCCCAGCGACCGAAAUAUGCAGAGAAACAUGGAGUUGAAAGUCUGGCUCCAGAUUGGGAUGCCAUUGCCGAGAUUGCCAGGGUGCUGAAGAUUCCUGUGAUCGCCAACGGUGGCAUCGAAAGCAGGACGGACGCCCAGCGCUGCUUAUCACAGACGGGCUGCGCUGCGGUGAUGUCAGCGGAAGCGUUGCUGGAGAAACCGGACCUCUUUGUGGAAGACGAGGAGCCUGCGAUCCCACGGAUGCUGCGCCUCAGCCGUGAGUUUCUGGACCUGGCGGAACGGCACCCUUCGCCCUUGAAGUAUCCGCCAACCAAGUCGCAUUUGUUCAAGAUCCUGCGCCGCCUCAUUGGAGUAGACCAGGCACAGGCGCGUCGCAAGGCAGCAGCUGGGGAACCUUUGACGGAACGCGAAAAGUUGAAGCUGGCGCUGAUGUGUUGUCCGGUCAGCGACUUCCACGCCAUUCGCAACGCCUUGGACCACAUGGAAGAGAAAGCUGCUGAUCAUUUAUUGGGUACCUCUUGGUACCGGCGGUGGCGGCCAGAAGAAAAGGGCGGCGAUGGUUCUUUUCCAACUUGUCGAUCGAUUAGUAGAGAGGGACACACACAACUUGGGUUGCAGUUUCCAAGCUGA